AUGAAGCCGUCCGCGAUUGCUACGGCGCUCCUGAGCUUCGUCUCUACUGCCCUCGCGAGCGCAACCACCGAGACCUCCAAGGUCAUCCUCCCCGCCGACUUUAAGCCUCCCCAGGUCUUCAAGAACGCCAACCUGGUGCAUGUCAUCUCACUCGAGAAGAACUAUGUCAAGGAGCAGAUCAACGUCCUCAUCGAGAACGUCGCAUCCGAGCCCCAGACCGACUACUAUGUGCCAUUCACUGCCGACCAGCUGUCCCGUGUAGGUGGCUUCGAGGUCAAGGAUCGCAAGGACGCAAGCGCUGGACCGUUUGUGGCCGAGGUUGUCGAAUACGAUGCCCUCAGUGAUGUCCAGUACUACCGCAUCCAAUUGCCCACUCCCCUCAAGGCCGGUGCUCAGCAGACCCUCGGCAUCACCUUCUACUACCUGAAGGCUUAUGCUCCUCUUCCUGCCUCUAUUCCCCAGGACGAGAGCCAGUUCCUCACCUACGACUUUUCCGUCUACGCCCCGUCGUCCUAUCCCACCCUCAAGCAGAAGACCGAGAUCAAGGCUAUUUCGUCCUCGAUCCCCGAUUAUACAAAGCUCCCUGGAAGCGGCAAUGUCAAGGAGUUCCCCACCAAGCAGGGUAACAAGCUCACAUACGGCCCCUUCGAUGAGAAGCCUGCGGGCGCCAUCUCCCCAGCUCAGGUUCGAUUCGAGUUCACCAAGCCCGUCACCCACGUUGCCGAGCUCAACCGUGACAUCGAGGUCAGCCACUGGGGCGGCAACAUUGCCUUUGAGGAGAAGUACGAUCUGUACCACCGAGGUGCCAACCUCUCGACCCUCUUCAACCGAGUCAAGUGGGCGCAGUCGCAGUUCUACAACCCCACCACCCAUGCUCUCAAGGAGCUCCGAGUUCCUCUCCAGAUUGGCAGCGUCGAUGCCUACUUUGUCGACGUCAUUGGCAACGUCUCGACCUCUCGCUUCCGUAGCAACAAGCGAGAGUCUCUGCUCGAGCUGAAGCCCCGAUACCCCCUGUUUGGUGGUUGGAAGUACCCCUUCACCAUUGGAUGGAACUCUGAUGCUGCCAACUUUUUGCGCCGAACUGCCACUGGAGGCUACGUUCUCAAGGUCCCCUUCUUGGAGGGCCCUAAGCAGGCCGAGGGCAUCGAGUAUGAGCACAUCAACGUCAAGGUCCUCCUCCCCGAGGGCGCCGAGAAUGUCAAGUUCUACACCAACGUUCCCGAGUCGGCCAUUACCUCGACCUCGAUCGACCUCACCCGAACCUACCUUGACACCAUUGGCCGAACGACCGUGACCAUCAAGGCGAGAAACCUUGUGGAUGAGUUCCGGGACCGACAGCUCAUCAUCUCGUAUGAUGCGCCUCUUGUGAGCGCUCUGCGAAAGCCCGCUGUCAUCUUUGUCAGCGUGCUGGCAGUUUACAUCACGACCUGGGCGCUUGGCAAGGUGCAGACGGGAUUCAAGCCCAGGAAAUAA